CACAACCUGGUGCCUCAGCCACCCCUCCCCAAGUACAUCCACCCCUCCGACGAGCUGAUCCUGGAGGAUGAGCUGCAGAGGAUCAAGCUGGAAGGAGCUGUCGAGGUGCAGAGGCUUGCUCUAGGGACCAUCUUUGCUGUGUAUGGCUCCGAGCACGAUGAUGGCAAGUUCCUGGUGGAGGAUCACUGCUUCGCCAACCUGCCCCCACCACUGCCCUGGAAAGGCCCCAGUUCAGACCAGUUUGUCUUACUGGUGUCGGGGUUGGGACUGGGCAGCGGGAGCGGCGAGUCCCUGCUGAGCACACAGCUGCUGGUGGACGUGGUGACAGGGCAGCUGGGAGCUGAGGGUGAGCAGAGCUGUGCUGCACAGAUCUCCCGUGUCAUCCUGGCAGGGAACCUGCUGAGUCAAAACACGCAGAACCGGGACACUAUCAACAAGGCCAAGUACUUGACCAAGAAGACUCAGGCUGCAAGCGUGGAGGCCGUGAAGAUGCUGGAUGAGAUCCUGCUGCAGCUUUGU